AAUGUGUUUUGUUGUAAAUUAACACUUGAAUGCUUUUUUUGCGAACAGUAUUAACAAAGUGCGAGAAUAUUCCCCAUUCACGUCACAAUUGUACAACAGUGCCAAGUGUAAAUUUAAUUUUUUGUAUUAUUAAGGUGCAAAAAAGUUUUUUCGGAAAUUUUUAAAACAAGCUUGGCUAAACUCGGUAUAGUGAAAGACCACGCCUCUUUUCUGGCCUUAUUUUUCUAAUUAUGAUAGUCGGGCCGGCCUUAAGCCGACUCCUAUUAAGUCGAUUGCCUCAUCACUCGGCAUAAGAUGCAGGAGGGGAAAAUAAGCGUUCUCGCUCAGAAGAGGGACGCAGAACGGCCAGUCGCGUCCUAGUGUCAGACGAAGACAUGUCGGGCUACGGCGGUCUUUUCCGCUCGGCCGAAGAGCAGAUCCAACCGGUUGAUGCCAUCAUCAGUGGUAACAUUCCAGAAUGGAUAAAUGGAGAUUUAAUUGCAAAUGGACCUGGUUUGUUUGAUUUAAAGAAAAAUUUUUCUGUCAAUCAUUGGCUCGAUGGAUUUGCUAUUUUGUCAAAAUUUCACAUUGAAAAUGGAAAAGUCACAUUUAGCAAAAGGUUUAUUCAAUCUGAUGCAUAUAUCAAGGGUACAGCUGCUGGAAACCCGCUGUACACUGAAUUUGGGACAAAAGCCUAUACAGAUCCCAGCAAAAGCAUGUUUCAGAAAAUGAAAUCAUACCUGUUACCCGACUUGACGGAUAACGUUGCAAACAACUUGUACAUUAUAGGAAAUACGCUUUAUGGAAGUACAGAUACAAGUGUGAAGAGGAUCAUAGACCCAAUAACUCUUGAAACUAGAGACAAAGUGGAUGUAGCAAAAUCAACAAAAUUAGAUUUAGUCGCAUCUCACGUAUAUUUUGACUCUGAUGGUGCUUGCUACGGUCUAGGAAGAAGUUUGUCUGCAGGCUUUAUGACACAGAUUUUUAAAAUUCCACCAGAAGUGACCCCUCCAGGACAAGAAUUUUCCAAAGCUACAAUUUUGGCUACAGUUCCAACUAGACACAAGAUGGGCAUUACAUUUACUCACAGUUUGGGAAUGACAGAAAAUUAUUUGAUAUACAUUGAACAGCCAAUGUACAUGCCAGGAAUGAAAUUGGUCGCUGCCUAUGGAAAAGGCAAAUCUAUGUCUGAAUGCAUGGAAUGGAGGCCUAAAGAAUCAAACAGGUUUAUAAUUAUACAUAAGUUGACUGGGGAAGUAAACCCGUUAAUUUUUGAAUCGACUCAACCAUUCUUUUUCUUUCACCAUAUCAAUGCAUAUGAACAAGACAGAGAGCUUAUCAUAGAUAUUCUAUGCCAUGAGAGCCCGGAAGUAAUUUAUAAAAUGAAACUCAAGGAACUACGUUCCUCUGACUUUAAUCUGAAAGAUAAAUCAGUAGCGAGAAGAUUUGCUCUCCCAUUAAUCACUAGCUUUAAAAACAUACCUGAAAAUAAAAAUCUUUUGAGUAAUUAUGCUUUACCAAAGAGUAUUACUGCAGUGAGAAAAGGCGACAAAAUAAUAUUAACGGAUGAAACUCUAGCUCCGCCUUCUCUUGAGUUACCCAUGGUCAACCCGGCAUACUUUGGUAAAGAGUACACAUACUUUUACGCUCCUGGUCUCUACGAUCAGAGCGAAUUUAAAAACAAGCUAGUCAAAGUAGAUGUCAAAACUGGAGAAGUCAAGACAUGGAUGGAAUCAACAACAUCUUUUCCCUGUGAACCGUGCUUUUUACCAUCACCGAACUCCAAAUCAGAAGAUGAUGGAGUACUUUUAGUGAAUGUUUCAGAGACUAAUAAAGAGUUAAAUUCAUUUCUGGUCAUACUCGACGCUAAAGAUUUAAACGAAAUCGGACGUGCGACUCUUCCAGUGCACUCCCCAUUUUUGAUACACAGUAUUUUCAUCCCAGAAUCAUUUUACAGCAAACAGCGUACUUAAUUAUGCAUUAAGUAUAAUAGACUUGCAUUACAUUUUUACCUGUUUUUCUCUUUUUCUUACUUAAAUAUGGAAAUGUAUGAAUUUUUUCAAUAAACAUUUACCUAUGUA